AGUGUCAAAAUCAGAAUCCAUUGGUGUCGUCUGCAGAAGUCGAAAGUUGUCACUCUUUGUUUGUGAAUUAGGUUGUUAGAAUAUGAAUUAUUUAUGUUAUAUAUAGAUGCCGGUGUUUAUAAAAUAUACUUUUGUUGUAUACAAUGGCAUCUAUAAUAAAAAACCAACUCCUAAAACAUUUGUCAAGGUUUACGAAAAAUUUGUCUGCAGAUAAGAUUAACCUGAGCACUUUCAAAGGUGAAGGUGAAUUGUCCAACUUGGAACUCGAUGAAAUUGUCCUGACUGAUCUCUUGGAACUCCCGUCAUGGCUGAGGUUAACGAGCGCGUGGUGCAACAGUGUUGCGUUUCGAAUACAGUGGACUAAACUCAAAAGUGUUCCUAUAGUUCUGGUUCUAGAUGAAGUGCACAUAGAAGUAGUCACGUGUGAAGAACUCCGAUCCAUCUCUGCACAUCAGGGCCUGUCGUCGCUGUCCAGUGCCAAAUAUAGCUUCAUCAAUAAGGUCAUAGAUGGCAUUACGAUCACGGUGAACACUGUGCAGGUUACGUUCAAAAGCCCUGCGUUCAUUGCAUCUGUGCAGAUGUCCCGCAUAGCGGUGGAGUCCAAGUCGCCGUCGUGGCAGCGGGCCGACCUGCGCAUGACCCGGCUGAAGGACUCGGAGCGCGGCCAGAUCCUGGUGUUCAAGGAGCUGGAGUGGCAGACGGUGCGCAUCGAGGCCAAGUCGACCUGCGACGCCAACCUCACCCCGCUGCGCCUGCUCACCAACCACGCGCGCUGCCGCAUCACCAUCAAGAAGAGGAUGUCGGACUGCUUCGUGCUGGGCUCGCGGCUGGUGCUGAUCCUGGACGACCUGCUGUGGGUGCUGACCGACUCCCAGCUGAGGGCAGCCCUGCACUUCCUGGACUCGCUCGCCGACCUCGUGCAGAAGGCCACAGAGUUCACUCGCAUCAAGAAAGCUGCCAGGAAAUUAGAGGUGCUUCCAGAAUACCAAGCUCAGGUUUCUCAGCAGGCUCGCAGCAAAGAGCACAAAAGUGAAAAGAGUGCGCUGUCCAAGAUAUUCACCCGCUACGAUGUUGUUGAAACUUCGUAUCACUUCCUGUCCCGGAGAAUAGAUCUCCAUCUUUGUGAUGAUCCAGGAGAUGGUCGAUCAUCUCAUCCCGACCUGAAAGAUGGCGGAGCUCUCCAAGUGUGUCUGCAGCAGUUUCAGGUGGACUACUAUCCCUACCACCUGGCGUGCGGGGACCGCAAGCACUGGCCGCUGUACCGCGACGGCUCCUCCCCGCACUCCCAGUGGCUGAACCAGGCCCUGGCGACCUUCAGGAACUCCUUCGUGGAGCUGCUGGACCAGUCGCGAGCCCAGCACGCCCCGCUUGGACGCGCGGCCGCCGCCGGCCAGCCGGACGCCCCCGGCAAGGACCCCGGCAGCCCGCAGGAACCAGCAGGCAAGAAACCGGUUCCGCAAGUCCUGUCUCCUGUUGGAAAUCCCAUGAAGACUUACGUGCUGACGCAGCUUGCAAAGUUGAUGACGUCCUGCGUCAUCCUCAGAAUACAAGACUUUGUGGUGUACCAAGUAACUACGUCAAAAAGGAAGCAGAUGCCAAAAGAACUAGCAUCAGGAGACAGGCAGAGGUUCUCCAUGCCUGAAGACAUCACCAUACUUCAUGCGGAGUUCACUUACUACUACUACCCUGGAGACAUUCCGUUCCCAUUGCCGGCGCCAAAGUUCUACAUCCAGGUGAACCCGGUGCAGGUGCGGUUCGACGUGUUCAGCUGCCUGUGGCUGAACUCCUUCACCCUCGCCCUGCAGCAGUCGCUGCUGGCGGCCAAGUCCCAGCAGGCCGAGUCGCUGGGCUACGUCGACGUCAAGGUCGAGGCCAUCAUGCCGAGACUGAUCCUGGAGAACAGCCAGGAGUACACUAGCCAGAAGGACCGGCCAAGGUCCCUCCACUUCCAAGUAUCUCGUGCUUCCAUCACGAACGUCCGCAGCGUGGACCACAGCUCACGCGCGGACCUGGCCAAGUGCAUCGACGCGUACCAGAUGGGGUCCCUUUUCUUCGGAGAGGACUUCCCCUCUCGUCAUGGAGACUUCCACGUGGUCACCGAAAAGUUUCUGAACCACGUUUCUGGCUCGGACGCGGUGCGGCGCGCCCCGACGAUAACGGCCUCGACCGUGGCGGAGCUGCACAGCCAGAUGCAGCGCUCGCUGCUGUGGGUCGACUCCCGGGACGUGUGGAGCGUCAGCCUGGAGCCCGUGUGGGGGGACUUCAUGGGCGCCCCGGCCGUGGGGGCCGGCACGCCCGUGCCUUUCCUGGACGCGUUCCCCCUCACGCUCUGGGCCCACGUCAACCUGCCGUCCAGCGCAGGCAGCGUGCCGGGGGACGGGAGGGCAGACGUGCACGUGCUGGCCCACGUGUCCACCCUGGUGAGCGUGCAGCUGAACCACUACCAGUACCUGUUCCUGCUGCGGCUGGCCGACGACCUCACCGAGCUCACCACCUUCCUCACCCUGGACUCGGACCGCAUCCUGCGGCGGGAGGGCGGCGGCUCGCUGGUCCUCGGGGCGCUGCUGCCCCAGGUGGAGGUGACGCUGGUGAUGCCGUCGCAGUCGCCCGGCAAGGAGUACGCCGGCGGGGACGGGGAGUCCAUGAUGCCCGACUCGUUCAGCAUCCCGGACGAGCUGACGGGCACGGCGGGGAGCGCGACGGGCACGCUGACGGGCGGCGGCGCGGCGCUCAGCGGCAGGAAGGGCGACACCCCGGUCAGCGAGAUGUCCUCCCUUUCGCUGGAGCUCUCGGGGCAGGAGUCGCGGUCCUCCUCCGGGAUAAAGCCGGCAAAUGGCCCGAUGCCACCGGGGCCGUUCACAAACAUGGGUCUUCCCAACAACUUGAACGCUGGCAUUUCGUCCGUGAAGAAAGGCUUUAGUAGUCUCAUGACGUCCUUGGAUUCCGCGCUCAAAACUGCUUCUGACGACGAUACCUUGUCGCUGCGCAGCGAUGCCUCGUCGGACAGCGAGAACUACGUGGUGGUGAACCUGGCAGCGGAGGACCGCACCGUGGACGCCAUGUUCCGUGUGGACGCCAGCGACGCGCAGAGCGCGCUGGAAGUGGCCAGCGAGGUGCUGGAGGAGGGAGUGCCGGCCAGCACGCCCAGCGAGCGCUCCGUCGAGAGUGCCUGCAAGAGGAAGGACUUGGUGUCCAUGUCCACCUUCAAGCUGAGCAAAGUGGAAGUGGUGCAGCAGUCGCGCGGCCUGUCGUCGUCCGUCGCGGCGCAGGUGUCGGGCGUGGCCGUCGACGAGUGCGGGGCCAUCCCGUGGGACGAGUUUCAGAGCAAGUUCAGCUGCCGGUCGCGGGCGUGGUCGGACGCCCCCGUGGACGCCACCAGCAGCGCCCACGUGCGCCUCCGGCUGGACCACGCCGUGUGCCCCGACGGGGAGGCCCGGGACAGACAGGACUUCAGGCGGUGGUGCCGGGACGACGUGCGCGUCACGCUGGCCGACCUGCAGCUGCAGCUGAACAUGAGCACCGUGCUGGGGCUGGCGGACCUGGUGGAGGACGAGCUCCUGCCCCAGCCCAUACCCAUGCAGGUUCUCAUAGAAAAUUUGAAACUACGGCUGAAUGAGGACCGUCCUUCCAGUAACAUCACGUCCCCCGGUCCUGUUCCUAUGGACCUGUCGAUAGCAUACCUGAGGAUAAGCAGGAAGAGCGAUGGCGUGUUUCACAUCGAGCCUUCAGCUCCAGCUACAGUUCCUCUGGGAGUGGAAAAUAAUGUGCCGAAGGAAGCGACCGAGAAAAUAGUUAGUUUGGAAAGCCGCGUUCAGCUGCUCAGCCAAGAGAACGCGGAGCUGAAGCGGCGGCUGACCGCCCUGGGUCGCGUCAGCGAAGAGAACGACUCCCUGCGGCGUUCCUCGGAGGAGUGCCAGGUGUUGCGGGCGUGCCUGGCCGCCGCGCAGGACAAGGUGGCGACGCUGCUGGAGGAGAAGCAGGCGCUGCUGGGGCAGAUGCGUGCGCUGCAGGACCGCGCUGAGGCGCUGCAGCAGCGCGGCAAGAGAUAGCACAAGUGCUUCAGGUGCUGCCGUGCCGAGGAGACCUAGCCCGCGUGCCUCGUGCUCGAUCCAGUGCAGUGGAACCUUCUUGCAAACUACCAGGUCAACCUCGGGUCACACGCAUAGAAUAAUAAAAUAGUCUUUUUUUUUUCCAGUUGACCCCGUGGUAUCAUUUUUCCAGUGGGAAUUCCUUAGGACGACAGAAUUGUAUCCCCUUGGAAAGGGUACCUUUCAGACUUAUGGUAGCGGUAGUGUAGCUGGGUAGAAACUGGAAAGGUACCCUUUCCGAUUUCUUCAAAUGUUUCGGUUUUAAUGCAAAUAUGCACUGGAAAGGUAUCCCCUCGGAAAGGGUACCUUUCAGGAUUUUCUGUACAAUGACGCAGCAGAAAAUAAACUGGAAAGGUACCCUUUCCGAGGGGAUACCUUUCCAGUGCAUAUUUGUAUUAAAACCAAAAACAUUUGAAGAAAUCAGAAAGGGUACCUUUCCAGUUCCUACCCAGCUACACUACCGCCACCAUAAGUCUGAAAGGUACCCUUUCCAAGGGGAUACAAUUCAACCCCCCCCCCCCCCCAAUUCCUUCACGUCACUUCUUGAUUCGCUUAACCAGUAUAUUGUAUCAUUGAAGUUAAUUUUAUUAGGACUUUCGACAACAUUUAAUCAUUUUCUAGGUCCUCAAGUCUUCAAGAAAAUGUGUCAACAGUCUUUGCCGGGGAAUGGCACUUUUGUUCAACUCAAAUGAAAUGGAACCUCGGUUGAUCGAACCUCUUCUGGACCUUAACUUUUACCCCCAACAUCUUGAAUUUUUUUAAAUAAGAUUGACCACAGUUUGUGGUGCAGCUGUAAUUAUUUAUUUUCAAAUAUCGACGAACCACACGACAUAGCUUGGACACUCGUGGAAGUUAACAUUUGUCGUACUGGUGUAACUUUCUGUGUCAGCUCGCGAGAAACAGCCUGUUAUUUCCUGCGGGACGUUACAUUCAUUGGCACAGCGCAAGUAAUUAUGUAUAGACGUUAUUUAUGACCUAACAUGGUAAUAAUUAGGAAAAAAUGUUAUAAAAUAGGAAUCAUAACAGAAAUUUAUCCAACCCAAGAUGGCAGGUAAGUUUCCUGCUUAAGGGUUGAUUUUACAUACCGUGUAGGCUUUUUUUUUUUCGUAGUUAAUUUUUUUAAGGAAUAUUUCUGUAAUAUUAACUCAAUACGUCCCUUGCAUUUGUGGUACUGCCACAAAUUUUUUCAACAGAUGCUUACUUAGUGAAACAUCAAGUGUUGAUAGUUACGAAAAUUACAUGCUGUUUUACACACACGAUAUGAAAAUAAAAGAAUAUCUGUUGAAAAUAUUUGUGAUGGAUCAACAAAUGCAAGGAAGUUAUCGUGUUAAAGUUUAAGAAAUAGCCCUUAACGUAAAGUAAUGACGAAAAAUGAACAUGAUGUUUCAGACUGAGCCUUGAAGCAUUUAUUUUCAGGUCCGUAGAAGAUGGUUUACAUUUAUCAACAGUUCUGUAUAAAGUACUUAAAUUUCAAAGAACCAAAAUUGUGGGUUUAUCAGGUAUAUUGUAAUAAGGUUUCACUGUAUGUACUUUUUUUUUGUUGUUGUGUGUUUUUAAUGACAGUUUGAAACUGUCAUGCACCAUGGUUACCAGUGUCGGUAAAUUGCACUAUUUUAUUUUAUUUUUUUAAUUGUUGAAGUAAGACAUGAUUGCAAUGUAUUUUUUUACAUGUGAUUUAAGGAAAGUUACAUGAUAGAUUAUUUUUUGAAAGGAGUAGUGCAAUACAGAUACAGCUAUACUUACGUAUUAGUAUAUUUACCAUAUAAUUUAUUUUUAUUGAAUGUUAAAAUAAAACACAAAUAUUUGGUUGGAAAGUAGAAAGAUUGAACAAUUAUGACCAACUACAUAAUGACGAUGGUGUUGCUUUUUCUGGAAUCAUAUAUUUGUUUGUUUUACAUUAAUGUUCAUUUUCUUAUUAGUAGGUUUUUGCUCGUGAUUUACUUACGUGUGUAUUAUUCAAACUCAAAUUAAAUGUUAUGCGUACUAAAAAUGAUUUAAAUAUUUUUUUAAUUUUAUUUUUUUUGUCAUCACUUAUGUAUCUAAUAUUUUUUUUUGCACAUGAUUGUAAAUAAAUUCUUAAUAUGUACUGAAAAAAAGGAAUCAUGUGUUACAGUUUUUGACUAAACAUUUGUAUGCAGCCUUCAUCUUAAAACUCUUUAUUCUUAGUAUAUCUUUCCUUAAAUUCAUAAAAAAAAUAGGUUUCCCAAAACCAUUGAAACCUGUUUACAGAUUUUUGUGAAACCUAAUUUUUUUAUUGAUUUAUGAAUAAUUACUAAAAGAAAAACUGUAUACCACAUACUUGAUUUUGUGCUUUCAGUACAUGCUAGGACUGAAAUAAAUAUAUGCCUAUAAGAUCAUAAAAACUAUUAAAUAAAGACUUAUUUAGUAGAGAAAAAAAACUUUCAUAAACAAAUUAAAUGUGGUUAUAUUAUGAAUCUGUUUAUAGUCAUGUUCUAAAACAUGCAUUUUUAGAAGAAAAGUAAUUCAGGAUACUAGCCCUAAAGCUUGUAGUGGUGCAAUUCUUCGAUAGUUGAUUGAGAAACAUCAGUGUGGGUAAUUAAUUAGGUAGCAUGACUUCGUGCUGGCAGACUGACUAAGCAGUUGUACAUAUAUGAUCUUGUACAUAUUAUCUUUCCUAAUGCUUCCAUAGUGUUCUAAUGCCUGACUGGUACUUUCCUGCUGGUUUUAAUGGCCUGUUCCAAACAUCUGUUUGUGCAGCAACAUGGUGUUUCUUGUGCUGUCUUGGUACUUGCUACUUUCUAGUCUGCCCAGCCUUUCGUCCUGCUGAUAACGCAAGUUUUCAUGGCCAGUACCUAGUACCUUUCUGUGCUUAUUUUAUUUUUUGUGAAUAUUACGUAGCAGAAUGUUCAAGCAUCACACACACACACACACACACAUAUUGCACGUGUGGAGACUUCACUCAUUUUUAUGAUCUUCCUAUUCAUAGGGAGAUAAAAAUUUCCUCAUUCUUCAACUGUUGACUAGGGUUGGAAAGCCAUGGGUACUCAUGACGAAACAGUGGCAUAGCUUAAACUGUGUUUCUAGGUUGAUAUUCACCUUGGCAUUUUGCAAAAUUUCUGCAGAAUCAUUAUUUUAGACUUAUUGUCAAUAUAAUUAAUAAUUAAAUUUUCAUCUGGAGUGUACUUAUUAAAAGUUUUAUAAGGCAAAUAUUGUUAUGCCUUUUUUUUGCUUUCCAAUCAAAUUAUGUUAUGUAUUUCAUAAAUCUGUAACAGAAAUUACUUAAGUUAAAAUGCUGUCAGUACAUAACAAUUCAAUGUACAGUAAAUUGCAGAUGUUAUCAUUAAAUUGGUAUUGUUUAUUGUAUAGUGGUAAGGUUUUUAUAAAAAAAAAAAAAAUUAAGUAAAACUUAUUUGAUAGAAAAUUGAAUGUUUUCUGUAUAUUUGCAGUAAAAAAGGCGAAUCUUGAAUUGGUUCAUCACAUUCUCGUAUCACAUCAAAAUUUUCUUGGUAAAGAAACUCAGUAUUUUACGACUGAUGUUGGCUUUUCUUCACACAAACUAAAAAAGACAUAUCAAGUAAGGCAGUCUAGUUCGAUGUUCUGUACUAUGUAUUUGUAUAAUUGAUUGAUUGGAACUAUUUCAUGUAAAAAUUUAUUUCAUAAUUUAUUCCGGUACAUAAAGUUACAUGAACAGCUUUCAUAUUUUUUUUGGUAUCGAUUAAAAUUCACAAUAUUUAAUAUAACUAAUACAAUCACAUUAUUAUCCUAUGGAGUUACAUUCUCAGACAUGCAAAAUCAUGCUGUUAUCCAGGUAAUUUUCCAUAAUAUCUUUGAUCAACUUGUACAACUUGUUAUAUGUAAUGUUAUGAGUUUGCUUCAUGACUUUUUUCUCUCUCUUCAUCUCACACAUUUCCAUUAAUGGGUUAGGCUUAAGUUCACACUUUCCCAGAGUUGUUCCUGCGACAGCUAUAGAAUUAGUAAUCUAAAUAAUAGAUACAAAAAUACACAACAAGAAAUAGUCUGUUAGCAGUUUCUCAGUUGCUGCUAUUAGCUCUAACUGGGUAUGUACUAAUAUCAAUCUGUAAUAUUUCCCUGACUGUUCAAGUUUCCAUGACCAAAAUUUCAAAUAUCCCUGACUUUUUUAAGUUACACUUCUUUAGGCGCGUUAUGAAAAAAUGAUGAGAGUGAAAUUUUAAUAUGCACACACAUCACUGUAACACAAAAUUAACAGGUUGAAGCUGCCCGCUAAACCGCUCAUUAAGUCUCGAAAAAAAGCUACCAACAAAAUAGAAAUAGAACCUCUAUUAGUCGCUCAUGUUGGGACGAUCGUCGCCUCUGAUCACUGUUUUCAUAUUUAUAAUAUUUAUCCACAUGUUUCUAGUUUCUACAUUCACAACACGUGUUUUAGUUUCAUACAAGUGCGAAUUAUAUAUGUGCUAAUAAAUUAUAUUCAUUAGUGAUUUAAAUUGAAUAUUUUGAUUAAUAUUAUUUACUAUUCAUAAAUAUUAGUAAAAAGAAUUGUGCCUUUAUACUUUUUCAAGUGCUCCAAUAUAAUUGAGGUUAA